AUGUCAACGAACGUACGACCGCGGAAAACCUUGUCCCGGGAGCAGCAGAUCGACCUUGUCGUGAAGCUGGGCAGGAAGAAUGCCUGCAUCGAACGUCUUCGGGACAAGGUGCAGAGAGGCCAGGAUAUGAAGGCCGGCGGCUUGCAGUUCGACGUGAGCAUCAUCGAGGAGGCUGUUCAGCAACUGGAACGGGAGGCAGCACCACCUGCAGAGCCAGCUCGGCCACCCUCACCGGUGAGGACACCGGCCAAGCGAAGGCGCCCAAACUCAGAUGAGAACAGAAAGCCCAAAGCGGACAACACGAGACCCACAGGUGCGGAUUCGCAGACAAAGUCGACGCCUGAGAGAAAGGAAAAGAUGAAGGCCUCGCCAAAGGGCCUCAGGACCCCACUCUCGGCUAAGAGGCGCCGCUCCGGUGCGAAGAAAGCGCUGGAGGGCCUCACGGUCCGAGAGCUGAAAGCAAGGCUGCACGAGCAGGGCCUGAACUGCGCGGGCUGCGUGGAGAAAGCGGAUCUCGAGGCUCUAUGGGACCGCUUCGAGACUUGGCGAGAGCGCCCUUUGGCGGAAUUGCAGGACCUUUGCCAAGCCAGUGGCGGAAUGCGGUUCGAUUCCGUCGACGAAUGCGCCAAGUACCUGGCCGAGUUCAAGUCCAAGCAGCAGCCGAAAGCUUCGUCACCUGCGCAGGCCCCGCCUUCCGCCGCAGCCCCAGCACCCGCCGCGCCGGCGCCAGCGAAAGCCACCGAGCCGGCCGUAGCGCCUGCUGACCGCGAACAGGAUGCCCAGCGAGAGAUCUUGCGCAUCCUCCCCCUGCGGCGCGAUUCUUUCCCGACUCCCACUUCCUGGGGCUUCGCCGUCCUUGGAGUGCCGACCGCCACGCGAGAAGUGGCGACGGUGCAGCGCGCCUACCGGACGCUGAUGAGGAAGCUUCAUCCGGACCGGAUCGGCCAGUCAGAAGACCUUUGCAAUGCCGUGGGGAAAGUUCGGGAGGCAAAGGAAACUUGUGAGCGAGGCCUCUCACGGCAAGAGCCGCCAUCGGCGCCUCGCAGUGUGCGCUCGGAGACACUUUGCGCAAUCCCUGGCAAGAGGAAGUUCCAGCUCUGCUGGACUGCACCGACGGCACGCGAGUGUGCGCCCGUCCGCCGCUACAUCGUUGCGGCCUUCGACCCGGCGUAUGGCAAAGCGCUGACCGUCACGGUACUCGAGCCGGAUUACAGCCAGGAGUUGCGCAGCUUCGUGCCCAUCGAGAACCUCACAUCGUAUGUCAUGGCUGAAGAGGACCUACAGAAGAUGCCGAAGCUUUGGACGCAGAGCGUUCUCACCGUUCAGGUCGCCGCCGCCAAUGAAGCCGGCCAGUCGCCGUGGACGACGCACAAGAUUUCUUUGAAUGCGCCCGUUGGCGCCGGCAACACCGAGCCGCCGCCCUGCUUCGUGCCGCCCGCAGCAAAAGCGGCGCCGCCCAGCUUUGCCAGCGCGGCUGCGGCGCGGAAGCAGCAGAGUGCUCCGGACGAGAGCGAAGUGGCCUCUUUCAAUUUGGAGCUGCGCAAGCUCCGCGGCUCUGCGAAGUUGCGUGCCUUCCUAGAGCCCACGCGGAAGGGGAUCAUUCAAGCUUGGCUGCGCAGCGUGAACUGGUCGGCCAGCGGGUCAAAGCAGGACCUCGUCGAACGCGUGAUCUUCAUUCGGGAGGCCAUGGUGGCCUGCGCGGGCUCGAAGCGCCACGUGCUGCUGGCCGAGCUGGCGGACGAUGAGGCUGAGUUGUCCCACGGUGGUGGUAGAGCUUCGUGGAACAUCAGCCUUCAAAGGGAAGCUUUCUGGGAAGUGAGAACGAUGGCCAUCACGGAUUCCACAGGUGCGUGA